AUGUCUCCCUCACCCGAGCGCCGACGAGCCCUGUCUGGCAAGAUCUCUCCUUUCCGCAUUCAAAAGCGUAGCUCGCCACCGCUCAACAAGGUCUCACAAUGGCAGACAUUCUCUGCUGACGCUGGUGGUACACCAGCGCAAGAGUUCCGCCAGCACCGCCUCACGCAGGAUAGCCAAGUCAGUGAGAGUUCCCAUUCCAAGCCCAUAAUCGUUCCAGCUCGCUCUCUUAGUCGUGGCACUGUCUAUCACGAAAACCACAUAGCCUUUCACGGAGGAAUUCUUUCCAACUUUCACCAAGGCCAGCGAUUCAAAGGUGCUGCUGCACUCGCCUAUCUGCUCCCCAAGCUCAGGGAGCUCAACGUUCCCCAUCCUCCGGGCGAUACUCUGGGUGCACACAUCCUAUCACAACACGAUUUCUCCUGCGGCGAGCAGUUCAUGAUGGCCAUGAAAGCCUUCUUGUUUGAGUCCAAGGACAUCGAUAUAGUCGUUCGCAGCUUCCAGAGCACCGUCCAACAAGACACUUGGGCGCUCAUCAGCCGCAUUUCUUGCCGUGACGGUCAAAUCCACAACGAGCAGCUCAAGAGCGAACAAGCCGAAUACGCUAGACAAGAAACCAAAUUGUACCAGUCAAACUUCAUGCAAAUCCUCAGAGCACGCGAUCCUGCAGACAUGAAGAAUCUUGGUCGCCAGUGCCCCAACUUCAGCGACUAUCUUUGGAAUAAAGCAAACAUGGCAGUUGUCAUCGCAACCUGUCUCGCAAGAGCGGAGCAUGAUCAUGCCCUGGCCAAUAUCUACAAAGAUAACUUCAGCGAAGAUGGCUGCAGCGUUAAGCGGGGCUUUGUAGAGGGCAGUCGCUUCGAUGGGAUCUGGGGCGUCCGUCUGGAUUACGACAACAAGGCUAUCGACGAUGAGAAGAACUGGAGGGGUGAGAAUCGGCUCGGCAAAUGCCACGAUGAGGCCUGCAAGUUGUACAACUUGAUUCGAUCGGAGAAGACCCUACAGGCGGCCCAAGUUCAAAUAAAGGAAGAGCUCCAGAACCAGGCUUGA